ACCCUGCACACUACGGUGGUCUCGGGCAACGACGAGCUUGGAGGAGAGGCCAAGAGCUCCCCUUCCAUCAUGGAGCUCUUCGACACCAACGACGUCGUCGCCGCCGCGAGAGAGCAGGCCGCGGCGCGCGACAGCAACAAGACCGCUGCCGCCACCGCCGCCGCGGCCGACGGUGCCGCCGAGGCGUCGCCGGCGGCGGCGAUGGCGAGGCGCCACAGCUUAGGCCGCGGCAGGAGCAAAAGGUAUUCCACGGAUUCGCUGAGGCCGUCGUCGGGGGCGUGGGACCACCGGAACGGGUUGCCCGCCCACAAGAAGGCGGCGUCGUUCUCUGGGGGGGUACCCCGCGCGGGCAGGGGUUCCGGGGGCUCCGUGGGGGGCGCGGAACGGCAUGGGUACCUCAGUUUUUCGGAGGUGCAGGAGCACGGGCUGAGGGUCCGGAAGUACCAUCGCCACGGGAAAGGGUGGGCGCACCGUAUAGUCAAGUACGAUCCGACCCUGCCGGGCCUGCGAUGGAAGAGCAGCAAGUGGUGGGACUCUGGCGGGGGGCAGAUACCGCUGCGGGAUGUUUUGGACGUGGAGCGGAGGGGCAAGGUAGUGUGGGUCAAGUGCUUGCACCUCGGCACCAUCGGCUUCGAGGCAUCCCUUGAGACGGACGCGGUAGUCUUCUACCUGGCGAUGGACUCGUUGCUCGACACCCGCUGCGGGGUCUCAAACAACAGCAGCGUCGGCGGUACCGGAGGCCACGGGGCGUCAGGCCCUCGCCUUUCGGGAAUUCCGGCGGCGUAACGCCGUGAUACCUCUGGGGGGGGGGGGGAGGGUGAGCCCUGUCCUCUCCGUGCACCGUUGUGUUGAGGGGUGCAUCUAUUGGGGAAAUGCGCUUUUGUUUGCGUGCGUCUUUUUUUUUUUCUGGGAGUUGUAGAGACCCUUUUGGCUGUUUUGGAAACCCGUCUACUGUUUGAAAUACCCACAAGAAUUUGCUUGCGCGUCGCACCGCGGCUUUUUGGAGAUGCCGCCCGCUGCCCAAGCCGCGUCUGACGGUUC